AUGGGCUGGGGCAAGGGCAAGGGCCACCAUGCCGCCGUGGUUGCUGCUGAAGCAGCCCUGGUAGGGGGUGCCGUUGUUGGCACAGCUGCAGUCGCCGCAGCUGCAUCUCGCCCACGCCCGGCUCGGCGCACUGAGGUUGUGGUGGUUCAAGGCGCUCCUGCACCUUCUGCAGCGGCGCCCCUUGUGGUCGUGCCCAGCAAAGGCAAAGGCAAACGCAAAGGCAAAGGCAAAGGCAAGGGGAAGUGGAAAAGCGCCGUGGAGAUCCCUGCCCUGCGUAUUGCGGCGAUUGGCAUCCCAGCCAGCAGCAUCGAGCGGCAGGCAGGCGUGACAUUCUUUGGCAUCGACGUCCUCGCGGAGGGUGCAGCGGUCCCCUACCAGGUUCGAAGGAGAUACCGCGAGUUCGAUUUGCUGCGUGCGAACCUUCAUCUACUGGCACCAUCAGCGACGAUCAAUAGUGACUUUCCCCCGAAGCACCGCUUCUUCGGCUGCGAGGGCGAGCGACUGGAGGCGGAUGGCAAGGCGAGCUGCCCUGGAACGAUGGCUGAAGCUGUGCUGACUUGGGUGCACGGGGGGAAGGGCAAUGACAACUUCAUGUCAGCUCUCGGCCAGCGCUGA